UCUCCUCUGUGGGCGUGUCUUCGUGUCUGCGUGUUGUUCUUCCUGCUCUACCUGCCAGGUGAUCUUCUCUACCUGCCAGGUGAUUCUCCUUCACUCCAGCGGCUCGUCCUCACCUCUCAGUCCGCUCUCCGUCCUCCUCCUCCCGGCUGUCUCUCUGUGAACAUGGCGGCUCCGCUGACCGACCAGGAGAAGCGGAAGCAGAUCAGUGUCCGCGGCAUCGCGGAGCUCGGUGACGUCGUGGAGAUCAAACGGAGUUUCAACCGACACCUGCACUUCACCCUGGUGAAGGACCGGAACGUCGCGACGCCUCGGGACUACUACUUCGCCCUGGCCCACACCGUCCGGGACCACCUGGUGGGCCGCUGGAUCCGGACCCAGCAAUACUACUACGAGAAGGACCCCAAGAGGGUUUACUAUCUGUCUCUGGAGUUCUACAUGGGCAGAACGCUGCAGAACACCAUGAUCAACCUCGGCCUGCAGAGCGCCUGUGAUGAGGCCAUCUACCAGUUGGGUUUGGACAUGGAGGAGUUGGAGGAGAUCGAGGAGGACGCUGGUCUGGGCAACGGAGGACUGGGACGACUGGCAGCGUGUUUCCUGGACUCCAUGGCAACGCUCGGUCUGGCAGCGUACGGUUACGGUAUCCGUUACGAGUUCGGCAUCUUCAACCAGAAGAUCAGAGAGGGAUGGCAGGUGGAGGAGGCAGAUGAUUGGCUGAGGUACGGGAACCCCUGGGAGAAGGCCAGACCGGAGUACAUGCUGCCGGUUCAUUUCUACGGCCGAGUGGAGACGACAGAGAGCGGCGUGAAGUGGGUCGAUACUCAGGUAGUGUUGGCGAUGCCCUAUGACACUCCAGUUCCUGGUUACCAUAACAACACUGUAAACACGAUGAGACUGUGGUCGGCUAAAGCUCCAAACGACUUCAAACUGCAGAACUUUAAUGUUGGAGAUUACAUUGAAGCUGUUCUGGACAGAAACCUGGCGGAGAACAUCUCCAGAGUCCUCUACCCCAAUGACAACUUUUUUGAGGGGAAGGAGCUGCGUCUGAAGCAGGAGUACUUCGUGGUCGCGGCCACGCUGCAGGACAUCAUCCGCAGGUUCAAAUCCUCCAAGUUCGGCUGCAGAGACCCGGUGAGGACGUGCUUCGCCACGUUUCCUGAUAAGGUGGCGAUCCAGCUGAACGACACCCACCCGGCUCUGGCCAUCCCUGAGCUGAUGAGGAUCCUGGUGGACAUCGAGAAGCUGGACUGGGACAAGGCGUGGGACAUCACCUCUCGUACCUGUGCGUACACCAACCACACGGUGCUCCCCGAGGCGUUGGAGCGCUGGCCGGUCUUCUUGUUCGAACAGCUGCUGCCUCGACACCUGCAUAUCAUCUACGAGAUCAACCGGAGACACCUGGAGAGGGUGGCGGCCAUGUUCCCCGGAGACGCCGACCGUCUGCGCCGGAUGUCUCUGAUCGAGGAGGGAGAGCCGAAGAGGAUCAACAUGGCUCACCUGUGCGUGGUCGGAGCGCACGCCGUCAACGGAGUCGCUCAGAUUCACUCGGACAUCGUCAAGAACACUGUGUUUAAAGACUUCUACGAGGUGGAUCCUGAGAAGUUUCAGAAUAAAACUAACGGCAUCACUCCUCGCCGCUGGCUGCUGCUGUGUAACCCCGGCCUGGCUGACAUCAUCGCUGAGAGGAUCGGAGACGACUUCCUCACUGACCUCUACCAGCUGAAGAAAAUCAUCCAGUUUGUCGACGAUGAAGCUUUUAUCAGAGACGUGGCCAAAGUCAAACAGGAGAGUAAGCUGAAGUUUGCGGCCUUCCUGCAGAAUCAAUACCAAGUUCAGGUGAACCCGGACUCCAUCUUUGACGUCCAGGUGAAGCGAAUCCACGAGUACAAGAGGCAGCUGCUCAACUGUCUGCACGCCGUCACGCUCUACAACCGAAUCAAGCUGCAGCCCAACAAAGAGUUUGUUCCCAGGACGGUGAUGAUCGGAGGAAAGGCGGCUCCCGGGUACCACAUGGCCAAGAUGAUCAUCAAACUGAUCACCUCGGUGGGUCAGGUGAUCAAUAACGACCCGGCGGUGGGAGACAAACUCAAAGUGAUCUACCUGGAAAACUACCGAGUGUCUAUGGCUGAGAGAGUGAUUCCGGCUACUGACCUGUCGGAGCAGAUCUCCACUGCAGGAACCGAAGCUUCCGGAACAGGAAACAUGAAGUUCAUGUUGAACGGCGCUCUGACGGUCGGCACGAUGGACGGAGCCACGGUGGAGAUGGCCGAGGAGGCCGGGGAGGAGAACCUCUUCAUCUUCGGCAUGAGGGUGACGGACGUGGACGAGAUGGACAGGAAGGGGUACAACGCCACAGAGUACUAUGAGCGUUUGCCGGAGCUGAAACUGGCUGUGGAUCAGAUCCAGGCGGGCUUCUUCAGUCCCACAGAACCUGAACUCUUCAGAGACCUGGUCAACAUGCUGAUGAACCAUGACAGGUUUAAAGUGUUUGCUGAUUUCGAGGACUACGUCAGGUGUCAGGAGAGAGUCAGUGAGCUGUACAAGAACCCCAAAGAGUGGACCAGGAUGGUGAUCCGUAACAUCGCCGCAUCCGGAAAGUUCUCCAGUGACCGGACCAUCUCCCAGUACGCCCGCGAGAUCUGGGGGGUCGAACCGUCUGCCGUGAAGAUCCCGGCGCCCAACGAACCGUUCGAGUCCCGUAACGGAGGAGCCGACCUGCAGCGCCUUCCUGCAGCAGGUAUUUGAUCGAGGAUCAGGGUCAGAACCUGAAUGUCUCAAUCACCGAACACAAUCUGGAAGGAAUAACUCGCCCCGAGACAUUUAACUUUAGUCAUUUUUCUUUCUUUACUUUCUUGCCCUCGUGUCAGUCAUGCCAGUUUGUCCGAGAGGUUUAGCCAGCAGCUCCAUGUUAGCCUUCUAAACAACUAAAACUAACAUGAACUAGAAAAUAAAACUGGAAAAAAAAAAGGUCAGCGAACAGCAACAAAGUCCAAGAGUUCUGAAUCUGAACAUAAUAUAUAUUUACACAGUAUUUAGCACAAGUCCUCAUUUAUUGAUUGCUGUUUAUGAAAACACUUUCUAAUUUCUAGGUUUAAACUCAAACAAACAUCUAAAAGCUUAAAGUUCAAAUUUGUAAAAAGUCAUUACAGGAAGAUUAUUUGGAAUAAUACAUCUCCUGGAUGGAAUUUAGUAAAAGGUUUUCCAUUAAUUUCCAAUUCUCAUCUUUGUUCCAUUGACUUACAAUGAAACUCUUUGCUAAGUAUUCACAGCUGGAAGUCAAAUAUAUAUAUUUCACUGAUGUAGAGAUUCUUUAGCAGAUAAAAAAAGCUCUCCGUUGACUUUCAGUUAAGCUGUGAUUACUAUAUAAUCAUAUUUACUUUGAUGCCUUACAGUAGUAACCUUGCGAGGCAGCUGGAUUCGCGAUAUCGAGAUAUAAUGUGCAAUCACACGUGAAUCACGAGAUCACGCAAGAAUUGCUACCGCGGUGGAAACGGUAUUGCCAAAUCUCUACCGGUGGACACAUUUUUACCGUCGCACGGUUUCAUAGCGUCAUAUUGCCCAUCCCUAAUUAAAAGUAAAAAUAAGAUAUCCCAUUAUUUUGCAGUACCUUACUGCUAGUUCUCAUUCUUACAUGACUUAAAAACAAAGUAUCUAUCCCAUUGAUUUUAUAUACCGUAGAACUAAAAUAAGUUUGCCAUUGACUUUCAGCUUCAUUUUUACAUUUGACUCCAAGUCAAUAUGUGAAGUCGAUAUGUGUUCCACUGAUGUAGACUUUAGAAGAUAAAAGUUUGCCAUUGACUUUCAGUCAAGCUGUGACAUUACUACAGUAUUGUCAUAUUUACUCCAGUGCCUUACAGUAGAACAAAGUUUGCCUUUUAAGCCUCCAGGAGAAUCUGACCCAUUGACUCUCAGUAAUGUCCUCUAUUUCUUUAGUUCUACUUCAAAUUACAGUGGAGUGAACAUUAAACUGUAAUUUUUGUUCCAAUGACUUUAGUUACAAUUUGUAAUUUUUCUAUUGACUUCAAAUAGUUGUAUUUACUCCAUUGACAUACACUGGAAGUUGGUGUGCUAUUAAGUAUACAGUGGAGAACAAUCUACCCCAUUAACCUACAGUGGUUUCCAACCUUGAACUGAAACUAAAGAUUUUUGUCCCUUAACUUCCACUGACUGAUCAGCGUGUUGUGUUUUUGGUGAUUUUCAGUAUAACUCAAAAUGUAUUCCUUUGACUUCCUGUACGUUUACCAUUUACUUUAUUCCCCUGGCUUUCAGGUGAAGAUAAUGUUGUUUGGGAUUAUUGUGUUUUUCCGGGAACGUUUUUUCUGCACUUUAUAGCUUCAUUUAUACAGCUGAUGGCGCAAAUGUUGCAUUCAGGUCAUGUGGGAUUAAAGUCAAUGUUUGGAUUCACAUUUAUGACUUCACGUCAUCGGGCAACAAUUGGUCGUGUGAAGGUUAAAAAUACUGUGAAUUAACAAUAUAGCACUAUAUUGUUAUUGCUGUCCAUUAAAUUUUGUGUUUAAUAACCUUGAACGACAGAUUUUAGUGGACAUUUAGUUUUCAUAAUUAUUUUAGUUUUUAUACGCACAUUUUUAAAAUUUCUUUCACGACUUGGAUGUUGACGUGAACGGUGUUUACAAGUCUGAAACUGACAAUGAUGGUAACUCCAACAUGACAUGAACGCAACACAAAGGCCUCAGUGUUGCAUUAAAUGCGUCUUAUGGGUAAUGUAGUCCAUUCAGAAACACUGUUUACUCAACAUGAAUGUCAGUCUGACUCAAACUAAAAAGCUUUUGUCAGUUUAUUAAGUACUGUAUCUGCUGCAUUCAUGUCUGUUGCUAAAAAUAAACUUUGGUUGCGCUUGUAA